GUGAGAAGCAUCUCAUUUUUUAUUUAUUUUUCAAUCAACACAAAAAGCUACGUCUCUCUCUCUCUCUCUCUCUCUCCGCGCCUCCGCCAUGAAAAGGAAAGACUGAAACUCAGAGAGGCUUUUCUGUUUUAUUAAUUUAAGAAGAAAAGAGAUGUCUUUUCUUCUUCCAAACCUCUCUCCAUCUCUUAUCCUUCGGACCAAAUCAAAGGAGCAGCUCAUACACCAGAUUUCCAUUCCAAAGUCCAGUUCCUCUCCCCUGUUCAUCUCUGCUUCUCCUCUUACCAAACUCGAGGCCCCGCCUGUUCAGAGUCAUCAGGAUAACGACACCUCAAGUGCCCAUGAUAAGCAGAAGAACGACUUCUACGUCAACCUCGGCCUAGCUGUACGCACCCUCAGAGAAGACUUGCCCUCGUUGUUCUCCAAAGACCUCAAUUACGAUAUCUACAGAGAUGAUAUAACAUUUGUAGACCCGUUGAACACGUUCACCGGAAUCGAGAACUACAAAUUGAUCUUCUGGGCUUUGCGUUUCCACAGUAAAAUCCUGUUCCGGGAGAUUUCGCUUGACAUUUUCAGGGUCUGGCAGCCUUCCGAGAAUGUUAUCCUGAUCAGAUGGAACUUAAGAGGAGUUCCCAGGGUCCCAUGGGAGGCAAAAGGUGAGUUUCAGGGGACUUCCAGGUAUAAAUUGGAUCGAAAUGGGAAAAUUUAUGAGCACAAGGUCGAUAAUUUGGCGUUUAAUUUUCCUCAGCCACUGAAACCAGCAGCUUCGGUGUUGGAUUUGGUUACUGCCUGCCCGGCAAGUCCGAACCCAACGUUUUUGUGGGGACCGACAGAUGCAUACUCCUCAUCUUGGUUGGAAUUUUAUCGGGCUGUGAGGGAGACGUUGGAUAAUGAAGGGUUUUUGCUUGGGCAAGAUGGAUUGCUUACUUGUUCGCAAUUAGUAUGACCUCGAGUAAAUGGGGAUGGAUGGAGCUUUAUGUAUGUCAUGCUCUUCGGUUAUACGUAUUUGUCUACUAUACCAUGUAUCAUAUACAUCUCAUUAUUUGUUAAAGUACAGGUAUAAUGUACAUAGGCAAGGAUGUUGGAGCAUUCAUGUACUUGUAUUGGUAAUUGGUAGGGGAGUUCUGAGGAAGUUGAGGUAUAAUUGGUGAAUUAUGUCUUUAGAGCUCAAAUGUGUAUCAUUAGGCACUCUGUCAUUAUUGCAUAUAAUAAAGCUUUUUUCUAUACCCACUUCAGUUUAGUCAUGGCCUAUCUGAAUUCAUGUGCAAUUUAAUACCUAGAUAUAGGCGUUUCAUGGGGUUAACUUGUAUCACUACUUCUAUGGGACAGAUUAAAUGGAUGCUACCACUUAUGAUUGCAGAUAGAAGAUAAUUAAAUAUGCAUGGUUUAUGGUGUUCAA